GGGAUUGUGGAUCUUGGUGAAUUUGGGCGAAAAUCUUCUCCUGCUAACCAGGCGCUGGUUUUAAUGAUUAGAGGUAUUUACAGCUCCUGGAAAAUACCGAUUGCAUAUUUUGUCUCUGAUAAUGGGGUGUCUCAUGCAUCGUUGUUGCUCAUCGUUACGGAGGCUUUGAAAAAACUUCAAGAAUCAAAACUUUCAACGAUAGGCAUAGUUUGUGAUUUAUCCAGUACUAAUCAGAAACUGUUUAGAAAUUUGGGAGUCGAAAAGGCGAAACCAUAUUUUUUCGUGGAAGAAAAAAAAUAUUAUGCAUUUUUCGAUACUCCUCACCUGUUGAAAUCUAUCCGUAACAAUUUUUUGCAUAAUAAUUUUAUGUUAAAUGGACAGUACAUAUGCUUUUCUGAUAUAAAAAAAGUAUAUGAUAUCGACAAAAAGAGUAGUACGGGAAAAGCUUUAUUAAAAUUGACGGAUAAACAUCUCAAUCCUAACUGUUUCCAAAAAAUGAACGUGAAGUUAGCAGCACAGUUAUUGAGUCACAGUGUUUAUGCUGCUAUAAUGACAGCCCUAAGAACUGGAGAACUAGUAUCGGCAACAGCCGAAAAUACUGCACGCUUUGUGGAAACCAUCAACAACUUAUUUGAUGCUUUGAAUAGCACACGGUUUCAUUCAACAAAACCUUGUAAUCGUGCACUUAGUGAUAGAAAUCCGGAAGUUAUAACAGCCAUUAAUAAUGGUUAUGAAUUAAUUGAAAACUUGUAUAAAGUUGGCAAAAAUAACAAAUUAACGAGGCCUGAUAGUUUUGAUGGUUUUCUAUUAACUAUAAAUGCCGUGAAGCAAUUUGCAUAUGAUCAAAGAAAUGGGGGAUUCAACUAUUUAUUCACGGGAAGGCUUAUUCAAGAUCCUCUCGAGAAUCAAUUUUCUGUGUAUCGUCAGAGAGGGGGAUAUAACAGAAAUCCCACAGUAAGUUCAUUCAGAACAGCAUUCAAAAUUAGCAUUGUAUCAGAUUUUUUAAGGCCAUCUGCAAGUGCCAAUGCAGGUAGUAAGGCAGAUGACGAUGAAAAUAUUUUAGUGGCAGAUAACAACGAACCUUUUCACUUAUUGAAUCUCGAUGAAAACUCGUCUUCAUCAGAAUCGGACGAUUCGGAUUCUUCAAGUAGUCCAAGUAGUACUCCUGCCACCGAAUUUCGAGAUGAAGUGACAUUGGAAAAAUGUUCUGUAGUAUAUUUUGCAGUUUAUUUGGUCAAAAAAUGUUGGGAGCGUUUCGGGUGUGAAGAUUGUGAGUCAGCCUAA